AUGACUACUAAUUUGAAUGUCGAAACGGAUGAAAAUGAAAUAUUAGAUUUUGAUAAAAUAUGUAGAUUAUGCCUUUUAGAAAAAACAUCUAUGUUAAGAAUAUUUACUAAGAAAAAAAAAAACAAUACUACACCCUUACCAAUUCGAAUUAUGAGCUGUGCUUCAUUAGAGGUAUACCAGGGUGAUGGCCUUCCUUCGAAAAUUUGCCCCAAGUGUUUGUGGAAUGUUAAUCAAGCAUACACUUUUAGAGAACAAUGUGAUGCUGCCAAUACAAGACUUCAAAAAUAUGUUCAUAGGCUGAAGAAUUUAGAUAAUUCUUCUAACAAUCAAAAUGAAACUCAAGAAGCUAUCCCACUAGAAUAUUUAGAUGAACAAAUAGUAAUUUCGGAACAUCCGACAGGAAGUAUUCAAAUUAAAAAUGAAGAAGCUUUAGAUAUAAAAACGGAACCGGAAGUCACUUACGAUCAAUCGGCUAUUAUAAAAGGUGAAAAUGAAGAUCGAGAUAAUGACGAAGAAGAUGAUAAACCAAUUAGUGAACUUAUAAAUUUCUCUAAGGUGUCCGCCGAGAGUGGUAAUACGGAAACGGAAGAACAAAAUACACUUUAA